AUGAAAGGAAGUUCUUCGUUAAUAUCAAAUUCUAAAUCAAAUAAUGUGUCAGGAGAUGGUCAAUCACCAGAAAUCAAUAAUUCUAUACCAAAAUCAUCUGUUGAAGCUUACAAACAAUCGAGAAAAAGUUUGCUGCAAUCGAAUAUAAGGAAAGUUAGUUCCGAUCAAAAUGUGGAUCAAAUGAAACCAACUGGAAAAGUGAGAUCAAACCACUCAACUAGAAAGUCAAAUAGGAAAUUAAUCUAUCCUUCAAACGAAAAAACGUCACUUUCAAGAGAAACACCAUCAAAUGGAACACCGUCAUCUAUGAAUACACCUUCAUCAGCUGGAACACCUUCCAAAUCAAAUGAGAAGAGAAAAAUGACGAAUUCACUUACUAAAGGAGCUUCGAUAUUUCAAAAUAUAUCCAGAUCUGUAAUGAGUCAAGGAAAAUCGGUGUCAACUUCAGCUCCAACAAAAACUCCAUCGAGUGAUUAUGGAAGAUCAAAAACAAAAACACCAAUGAACAAUCAAACUCAAAAGGCUUAUAAAAUUAUCAAAAAACGCAAAUUGAAACUCGAAAAUAGUGCAGAAGAUGACAAUUUUCGUCCAAGUGAUAUAAGAAAAGAAGAAAAUGAUGGAAAACAAAAAAUAUUUGUGAAAUCAAAACGGAUCAAAACUAUUAAUACCCUUUUCAGCUAUAUAGGUAAGAUAAGUUAUUAAAACGGAAAUAUUUUAAAAAUUUGUAGGCUGUCAUUAUCCACAUAUUCGAAAAACAAUUAUUCCAAUAUGUAUAAUCCACUUUUUCGUUAUAUUUGUGUAUAGAGCAGCAAGAGAUAUGAAUAAUUUAUCGAAAUUUUCACAAAAAGAUAUGUACAAAAAAUUGCACAUGUACGGUAUAGUUGAAGCAGUCAAUGGAACAAGUAUUCUCGAUCUAAUUUCACAUGCAAACUUUUUAGCCGAAUUUAUUCCGAGCACAGAUCUUGCCAUUAUUUUUGGAGCAUUUAUUUCAAUCGGAUGUAUAGGGUAAGAAACAUUCGGAAACUAAUAAUUCCUGACUCGAUAAAUUUUGAUAUUUAGAACUCGACACAAAUUGAUCAUACAGAUUUUGGUAAUCAGUUUGCCAAUCUAUUGUUUUUUUAUUGCACAUAUUUCAUGUCUUUGGUACUUUGGAAUUUUUGGUAUUCAACUAUCGAAACAUCUUCUUACUCUUAUUUUCCAAGUUUAUUUGAUUGAAUCUGUGCCAAAAUAUCAUCGAGUUAUUGCAUUGGUUCUUUUAGAAGCUGGUAAGUUGUCUUUGUGACAUGAAUCCUACACAGAAAAACUCAUACUCACAUUAUGAAUAUUUUCUUACAGCCACCGCGAUAGCUCUUGUUUCUGCUCAUUUAUAUAUCACUUUGGUACCAGCUCAAUUUCUCCAAGUAUUUUUCCAACAAGCGACAAUAUUUCUGAUAGUUAUAUGUUAUUACACUGCAUUGUAAGUUUUCAAAGAAUAUUUUAGACAAUAAAUAAUUGUUGUUUUAGGAACACAUAUGAUACAAUGUACAACUUAUUAACUUUGAGCGAUUUCAAUCGAGUUGAAAAAAGUGUUACUCGUUUUAUUGAAUACAGUAAGAUUUUUCUUUAAUAUGAAAGAAUCCUAAUAAUGAUAAUAAUUUGUUUUAUUUCAGCAAAUAUGAAAAUUGAUCCUUCAAAUGUGGUAGAUGGUAUGGCAUUUCAGAAUAUUGAACCAAGUGAUGAUAUUUUGAAAAUAUUUGUUCAUGCAACCAAAACUCGACUGAUUGUAUACGAACUUUUUAUUUGUUCAUUAGUUUGUUCAUUGAGCACUAAAAUUUUCACAAUUGUUUCAAACGAAAUAUCAACUGCAGCAUCUUUGGCAAUGUUUGAUAAAUAUAUUAUUACUCCACUGGCAAUAUCAAUUGCUAUAAUAUUUAUGAUUCCAUUUUCAAUGUUUGUUUAUUUCUCUGCAUGUUUCUUAGAAUUCCUUUUUAUUUUUAGAAUACUACCAAAAUGCCGAAUUAUUCCAUUAUCAAUAUCAUCAUUCUUUCUAGUCAUAUCUUAUUUUGUUUUCAAAUACACACAAGAACAUAGUUAUACUGCUUAUAUGUGUGAUGGUGAUAAACAUACAAAUAUUCCCUGGUAUGGUGCAAUAUUAGGAGGAGUUGUUGCCGGGAUUUGCGAAAUGAUUAAAGUUUAUUUGGAAAUGCAUUUGGUGAGAGAAAUUUGUAGUAUUUCAAAAAACAAAUUAAAUUUAUUCAUUUUUUAGAUCGAAAGUGUUCCAAGUAUUGUUCGUUUACAAUUACUUGCAUUUUGUCGUUUUUUCGAAUAUUUGAUCGUUGGUGAUUUUGGUGCAUUACAAGAUAGUUCAAUAAAUGGAAAUAUGUUUGGAAUGCAAUGUUUAUUUUGUGUACCAAUUGGAAUUUGGCUUUUGACUCCGAGAAAAGAACCUGAUAUUGUUGUCUAUUUCUCUGAAGUUUGGUCAAAAUGGCAAUGGAAAAAGUUGAGGAAUGUUAUCAUUGGAACAGAAGAAGCACGUAUGACAGUUCCACCAGCACCUGUUGUCAAAUGA